AUGGCCAACGAAUUGCCUGAAGACUUGGUGACGCAGAUUCUGCUAUGGCUUCCGGUCGUCUCUCUCUUGCGUUUCAAGUGCGUCUGCAAAUCCUGGUACGCUCUCAUCACACACCAAAACUUCGUAAGAAAACACCUCCUACACAACAAGAACAGCAACACCCACCUUCUCCUUAAAACGAGCAACAAAACAAUGGACGAUUAUGUUGUAUCCAGGAUUUCUUAUGAAGGACUUCAAAUAACCCCCCUUACCCCGCUUACACAACCUGUACAUCCACAGUAUUUUAGGAACGGCGAGGAGUUUGUCGAGUUUAGCGAGGUGUUUAGUAUUUCUGUGGUGGGUUCUUGCAAUGGUCUCGUUUGUAUCCACGCUUACGAUAAAUUGAAGGUUGUUAUAUGGAACCCUACAACUAGAGAAACAAAGGUUGUUCCCGAAUCAAACCUGCCCAUCUUCGCCCCCGCUGGCUAUUGCACCCAUAUUCAAGGUAUGGGAUUUGGUUUUGAUGCCAAAACUAAUGACUACAAGAUAAUCAACUUUUGUUUUAUUGUGGAGCAUGUUCCGAUGACAUACAUCACUGGGAUGGGUUCUUGGCUGGCAUAUGUUGAUUAUGUUAAUCAACGGGACUUAUUUGUUUUGUCAUUUGACAUGAGCAAUGAGGUAUUCCUAAAAACACCACUUCCAGAUAAUGUUAAUGGGCAAGCCCUUUUGGUGUUGAAUGAAUCGAUAGCCAUGGUUGCUUUCAAGCCGGUUGAUGACAAUUGGAGGGAGAUUGGAUUUGAUAUAUGGUUGUUACUUAAAGUUGGUGUUAAGGACUCCUGGAAUAGGCUUUUUACUAUUGGACCAUCGAUUGCAAGAAUUCACCAACCAUUAGGAUUUUGGAAGAAUGACACCAUGUUCUUGACUAAAAUUGAUAGCGGACAACUGUUCUUGUAUGACCCCUCUACCCAACAAAUAACUGAUCUCCAAAUUCAUGGACAUAGUGACUCGAAGGAGAUGCAGUUGGUUACUUACAUGGAGACCCUAGUUUCUGUCAAGGGAGGAAAUGAAUUUGAAGAAUAG